AUGAAUUUAUUUAUUAAAGGUGGAGCAUGGUGUCUAGAGAAAGUAGUAGACUGGUUUGCUCGUAUAGAAAUGCAAUUAGGAGGUUCACCACAUUCACAUAUGCCAAUCUGGGUAGAAGGUGCACCUAAGUACUAUGGACCUCAAACAGACGAAAAAACUCGUGAAGAGAUUGUGAAAUUUUGUGACAAAUAUAUCACAACUCGAUUUCCAUCGUUAGAUGAAGAUGCUGAAUUACAUAAUAAAAUCAAAGAAGUACAAACUCAUUCUCGUAAUCAUUCAAAGUCUUGUUUAAAAUGUUAUAAGACUUUAUGUCGUUUUGGAUUUCCACGUCCUGUUUCUAGACGGACAUUCAUAUGUGAACCAAUAAAAGUUGAUAAUGAUGACGAGAAGCAAUGUUGUAAAAAAAUAAAAGAAAUUCUUACUGAAAUAAAUGCAACCAUGAACACAUUAGAAAAAGAGAAAAUGUUGUCAUGGUCCGAUUUUGAUAAUCUUCUAAUAAAGUAUAAUUGGACCUAUGAGGAGUACGAAUAUGCUCUUCGAGUUGUUCAUACUAGAACUAUCAUAAUUCACAGAAGAGAACCCAAUGCACGAUGGGUUAAUCAAUAUAAUGAAGAAUUAUUGAGAGCAUGGGAUGCUAAUAUGGAUAUUCAAUUUGUACUUGAUCCAUAUGCAUGUGCUAAAUACCUUAUGUCAUAUACAACAAAACCAGAACGAGAAAUGAGUUUAUUACUUAAAGCAACUCAUAAAGAAUGUCAUGAAGGAAAUAUGUCUGUUCGAGAAGAAAUGAAAAAAUUAACAGGUACAUUUUUUAAUCAUCGACAAGUUAGUGUACAGGAAGCUAUUUGUCGUGCUACUAAAAUGCCACUUACAUAUUCAAGUCGAGGUUUUGUUUUUGUACCAGCACAUUCAAAUAGUUGUAAAUUUUUAAAACCACCUAAUAUAUUAAAACAAACGGAUCCAGAAGACGAUAACAUAUAUAUGUCCAAUUUAGCCGACAAGUAUUUUGACAGACCAGCAGAUUCGGAAUUUGAUAUUUGCAUGGCAGAUUUUGCAUCUGAAUAUGAAAUACUAUCGAUAAAUAAAAAUACUAAAAAUCCUAAAACACCAAUUAAACGAUUACAAACACUUAAUUUUACUAUGAAAAAACGUUGUAAUCGUAAUACUAUUAUUCGUUAUCCAUAUUUCAAUAAAGAAACAGAUAGAGAAAAUUAUUUUGAAAAUCUACUUUGUCUUUAUUUACCCAUAAGAAGUCGAGAUGAUUUAAAAAAACCUUAUGAAUUAUUUUAUGAGAUAGGUGAAAUAUUUGAUACUCGACAACAAUGCAUAAGAAAAGUAAAAGAUAUUGUUCUUGAAAAUCAAAAAAAAAUAUGA